CUCUCAGGUUGAUGGUGAACGAACCGCGGUCGUCUGUUCCGCCGAGGAUAACAGAUUCGAGGUCAAGCAUCAGGGCGUCCGUCAGGGACACGGUGGAGCUCCCUUGCGCCGCCCAAGGAUAUCCGAUUCCCCAGUAUAAAUGGCACAGACUCAGUCAGAAGGAGGAGGUCCCGGUGGUGCAAGAUGGCCGGAUCAAGCAAGUGGGAGGAUCGCUGCUCAUCCGACAAGUCACUGCUGGAGAUGCUGGAAAAUAUGUAUGUGUGGUAUCAAGCAGCGUUGGGUCAGAAAGAACGCACACAACCCUCGAGGUUUGGGCCCCGCUGACUGCUCACAUAACCCCACAAGUGCAAACGGUUGAUGUAGGGAGCAUCGCAACUUUCAAUUGCUCACCAGAAGGAUUUCCCCAAGAGAGCAUUUCAUGGUUUAAGGACGGCGAACGCUUAGAGGUGACCGGCCGCGUUCGGGUGGAGGGCCAACGCACCGUCGUCGUGGAGGACGUGCGUCGAGAGGAUCGAGGGAUGUACCAGUGCCUUGUAAAGAACUUCGAAGACACAGCUCAGGGGUCCGCUCAGCUAAAACUCGGCGAUGCGUCUCCACAGUGGAGGACCACAAGUGGCCCAAAAGUCGUUUCGCCGGGAGCAACUGUGAUGUUGAUGUGUGCUGUGCAGGGCUCUCCUCCGCCGGCUAUCACAUGGACGUUGCAGGGUCAACCUAUUCCUCAUAACGAUCCCAGGAUCACGUAUUCACAAAAGGUUGAAGGUGAUCAUGUUGAGGGUCAGUUGAACAUGACGAGCAUUCGAGUGGAGGACGGCGGGGACUGGACAUGCGAGGCGAGGAACCGCGCCGGCCGCGUCGAGCACACGGGUCGACUGGACGUUCGCGGACCUCCAACUAUUCGGCCGAUGAGGCCCAUGCGGGUCGUGGCAGGAAGAACUGCCAUGUUCAACUGCAUCGUGGCAGGAUACCCUAUUGAAUCCAUCUACUGGGAGAAAAACGGCGUUGUGCUUCCUGUAUCUGAGCGCCAGGAGGUUCACAGUAAUGGCACCUUAGAAAUUCGGCAAGUAUCACGUGAAGCCGACAGCGGGCAGUAUAUCUGUGUGGCCACAUCCGGUGAAAAUACGGCGAGAGCGAACCUUCAAGUAAAUGUCAUGGUUCCGCCGCACAUAGAUGAGCGGAUGUUUUCCCUUGGAUCGGGAUUCCCUGCCAAGUCGAGAGCGCGGAUCAUGUGCGUCGUGGAGCGCGGAGACCUGCCCUUGUCCUUCAGCUGGACACACGACGGGCGGCCGCUCGCGCCGGGGCCCGCCACGUCCGUCCGAUCACUAGACGAAGUGACAAGCGUCUUAUUGUUCACUUCUCUUCGAGAAGAGGACGGCGGGAAGUACACUUGCACAGCCACCAAUGCGGUUGCUUCCGACUCUCGCACUGUGGAGCUUGUUGUUAAAGAGAUUCAACAUCGAACGCCAUAUUCUCAGUCUCGGCGUCUCGAUUUAGUGAAGACAAAUAUACCGAUGGGCGCGUGGGCGUACGGGCGAGCUAGACGGGCCGCACGUGGCCACUCGUAUAGUAAACAGUUUACAUCUUCAACAACCACAUCCACGGACCAAAGAUGCGCACUGGCAACCCUUCAUCAUGUCAGCUGGUGCGCGAUGGUAAACAAAGCCCUUGGCGGGAAAGUGACGGUAUCUGACCCUGAUCGUACAAUAUGGCUGCCUUUGCUUUAUUGCCCACAUGGGACAAACCCGAACUUAGGCCUAGCGAGACAUCUGGCGGCGCACGAGACAGUCAGACCCUUCUUCGACAUCGUGUCAGAUCACCUUUGUUGUUUUAAGGUCCCUGGAUUCAGCACAAAACAAUUGGAAGAACUGGAGAAUGAUUAUGCAGCAGUUUGCAGCACGACAACAGAUUGUUCGAGAACAGCAGGUGACAAAGAGUGUAAAGACAAGAAGGAAUUAAAUCUUAGUGAAUUAACUGACAUGAUUAUGAUUUUUGAUGAACCUGAAUGUCUACUGUGA